CCUCCCUGCCCUCCCUUUUCCCCCUCUUCUAAGCUCAAACCCACCCCCCCAGAGAGAGAGAGAGAGAGAGAGAGAGAGAGAGAAAGAGAGAGCUGUACUCAUAUAUCUAUUUCCUUAGAGAGAAAGAGAGAGAGCAUUGGUGAGAGGGAGAUAUAGAGAGAGGGUGAUUGAGAUAUAGACACACAGAGAGAGAGAAGGGAGAAGAGAGUAGAGGGGGCUGAGAGAGAGCGAGAGAGAGAGAGAGAGAGAGAGAGAGAGGAUGGGAGGAGGGAAUGGGAUGCCGGGGUGGCUGGGUGGGCUGGUGGAGGAGAGCUUCUUUGUGGGGUGUGGGGCCCAUGAGAGCAGGAAGAAGAACGAGAAGAACAUCUUCUGUCUCGACUGCUGCACCAGCAUCUGCCCCCACUGCGUACCCUCCCACCCUUCCCACCCACUCCUCCAGGUGAGGCGGUACGUGUACAAUGAUGUGGUUCGGUUGGAUGAUCUUGAGAAGCUCAUCGAUUGCUCCUUUGUUCAGCCAUAUACUAUAAACAGUGCCAAAGUGGUCUUCCUGAAGCCAAGGCCUCAGUCCAGGCCUUUCAAGGGCUCUGGAAACAUUUGCCUGACCUGUGAUAGAAUCCUUCAAGAGCCCUUCCACUUCUGCUCCCUCUCCUGCAAGGUGGAACAUGUGCUCUUGCAAGGCGAGGAUCUAUCGACCAUCCUGUUCAGGUUCGAUGAGUCAGAUUUCGCAUUCUCUCACUUUGAGAGUUUCCGGAUGGAUAGCUCCGAUCUCAUCGAGGACGACGGCCAGAUCACCCCGAACUCAAUCCUAGAAGAUCCAUUGCAAUACAAGGGCUGCUCGGGCUCGAGCAACGGCAGCAGGGGCGGUUCGCGAAGGCCCGAGGACUCCGAGGUGCCAAAGAGGAAGAAGGGUGGUGGCUUCUUCCCUCAAAUAGUCCUCUCUCUGAGCAAUAGGAGGAAGGGAGCUCCUCAUAGGUCUCCUCUCUCCUGAUGCUUAAUUUCCACAACCAAAAACUAAGCUAUCUUUCUUGUUGUUAGGGUGUGCUAAAAUUACCACUGUAGAGGUCCUGUCCUGAAUGCCCCUAUCCAUGUGGUGGCAUUAUGGGCAAUAUCUUCUUGGUGUUUGGAUUGGUAUGAGAGCACUUCCAUUGCUGACUAGGUGCCCACAGUAGACCACAUUUGAGGUUCCCAGUGGCUACCAAUUUUGUAUUGAUGUAAUGGAAUGCAUACUUCUAUAUCUACAUAUAUUAAUAUUUAUGGGAGCUCUGGCUU